CAGGAGAUUCGGCAGAGGCUGCUUCUGCGCUAGGGGAGAGAGAGAAAGAGAGAGAGACAGAAAGAGAGAGAGAGAGAGAGAGAGAGAGAAGGCAGGGAGCAGAGCAUUCUACGUGUGUGCGUGCGUGCGCGCGUUUCGCCGCUGUUCUGGAGAGGGGGAUCAAGAGUACAGCAGAAAAAGAAGAGUGACUGAGCGAGAGACAGAGCGACUGGCUGCGAGAAGCGGGCGAAAGAGAGAGAGAGAGACAGAACAGAAGCAGGGGCACAGGAGGAGGAGGAGGGGGACAAGGAGGACGGGGAGUGAUGUCUGGGUUCACACACACAACAAGAUUUACUGUAUUGAGCUGCAGCCCUACCGCUCUGUAUCCCCUCUACUGAGAGAGAGAGAGAGGGAGAGAGAAAGAGGAGGAAAACAGAGAGAGGAAGAGAGAAAGGGAGAGAGCUCCUUCUUGCUGUUGCUUGUUGCUUGACGGGGCGACUGGCCCCCUGGCUCUGCUCAUGUCCGAGAUCUCGGAGAAAUCCACCUCCUCCGAAAGGCCUGAGACGCAGCAGAAAGCCCCGUUGGCGACGCCCCCUCCUCCCCCACCCCCGCCCCCCGCCCCUGAGCCCGCACCCCCGGCCGAGCGAGAGGAGGAGAUCCUGGGGUCCGACGAUGAGGAACAGGAGGACCCCGCCGAUUACUGCAAAGGAGGAUACCACCCGGUGAAGAUCGGGGACCUGUUCAACGGGAGAUACCAUGUGAUCCGGAAGCUGGGGUGGGGCCAUUUCUCCACCGUUUGGUUGUGCUGGGACAUCCAGGGGAAGCGCUUUGUGGCGAUGAAGGUGGUGAAGAGCGCACAGCACUACACUGAGACAGCGCUGGACGAGAUCAAACUGCUGCGAUGCGUUCGGGAGAGCGACCCCGCUGACCCCAAUAAGGACAUGGUGGUCCAGCUGAUAGACGACUUCAAGAUCUCGGGGGUUAACGGCAUCCAUGUGUGCAUGGUCUUUGAAGUCCUGGGGCACCAUCUACUCAAAUGGAUCAUCAAGUCCAACUACCAGGGCCUGCCUCUUCCAUGCGUGAAGAGCAUCAUUCGACAGGUUCUGCAGGGGCUGGACUACCUGCACAGCAAGUGCAAGAUCAUCCACACGGACAUCAAGCCGGAGAACAUCCUCAUGUGCGUGGACGACGCCUUCGUGCGCCGGAUGGCCGUGGAGGCCACCGAGUGGCAGAAAGCUGGGGCCCCGCCUCCGUCCGGAUCCGCAGUCAGCACAGCACCUCAGCUCAAGCCGGUGGGGAAGAUCUCCAAAAACAAGAAGAAGAAACUGAGGAAGAAGCAGAAGCGGCAGGCGGAGCUCCUGGAGAGGCGGAUGCAGGAGAUCGAGGCCCUGGAGCGAGAGGCGGAGCAGCAGAGCCCCACCCACAGCUCCCCGCCCUGCCCGGGCGUGGCCCAGGCCGAGAGCGACGACGACAACGAGGAGGACGAGGAGGACGAGGAAGAGUACGAGGACGAGGAGGGAGAGGGGGAGCACGGGGAAGGGGAGACAGACAGGUGUCCGGCUAGACUCACGAACCACACGUGUGCAGACACACAGCAGCAGGAUGUACAGGUGUCCUCCUCUACAGAAACCCCACAGCAGGAUGGGAACCCAAAAACAGAGACAGAGGCCUCGACCCCAGCAGGGGAUGGGGGUGGGGCGGAGGGAGAGCAGGUGGGCCAGGAGGCGAAAGAGGAAGGGGUGGAGCAGGAGGAAGACACUGAGGAGGACGAGGAGGAGGAGGAGGAGGAGGAUGAUGAUGAUGACGACGAUGAUGAUGAUGAAGACCAGGAACCCACAGUGGUGAAGGAGGAGACAAAAGAGCCAAAGCAGGAGGUGUUAAAAGAGGAGGAGACAAAAACAGAGGAGAGAGAGGAGAAAAGGAACGGCAGAGGUGAGGAUGGUGAGAAGGAGCAGAAUGGUGAGGAAGGGGGUGAACAGCUGGUGAACUCUUCCACCCCGAGCCGCAAGGACAGCUCUAAAACGAACGGGCACGUGGUGCAGGGGGCGGAGGAGAGGGGCCUGAGAGGGACCAUGCUCUGCCCCCUGGUGGAGUCGGAGAUCAGCACCACGGACAGGGACGGCUCCGUCAGCUCCUCCUGCGAGCUCUUCAACGGCGAGACGCCCGUCCUGACCAACGGGGGGCGCCACCGGGGCACCUCUCCCCGGUACCCGGAGCUGCCUCUCGACCCCUCGCCCGGCAACCCCUGCGCCCCCGUCCCCAGGGUCCCGCCCGCGUACAGCCCCGCCUCCGACCGCAGCCGCACCGUGUCCUCCUCCAGCACGGGGGACACGCCCAAAGGAAAGGCUCGAGCAGCAGACCUGCUGGUGAACCCCCUGGACCCCCGCAACGCCGACACCCUGAGAGUGAAGAUCGCCGAUCUGGGCAAUGCAUGCUGGGUGCACAAGCAUUUCACGGAGGAUAUCCAGACUCGACAAUACCGCUCCAUCGAGGUCCUGAUAGGGGCGGGUUACAGCACGCCAGCUGACAUCUGGAGCACUGCCUGCAUGGCGUUUGAGUUGGCCACAGGGGACUACCUCUUCGAGCCCCACUCUGGAGAAGACUACUCCCGGGAUGAAGACCACAUAGCCCACAUCAUUGAGCUCCUGGGCUGUAUCCCAAGACACUUUGCACUCUCCGGAAAAUAUUCCCGGGAAUUCUUCAACCGCAGAGACCACAUCGCUAUGAUCAUCGAGCUGCUGGGGAAGGUGCCGCGCAAAGUGGCCGCCGCUGGGAGGUACAGCCGCGAGUUCUUCACCAAGACAGGCGAACUGCGGCACAUCACCAAGCUGAAGCCCUGGUCUCUGUUCGACGUGCUGGUGGAGAAGUACGGCUGGGUGCACGAGGACGCGGGACACUUCACCCACUUCCUCCUGCCCAUGCUGGAAAUGGUGCCGGAGAAGAGGGCCUCGGCCGCUGACUGCCUCCUCCACCCCUGGCUCAGCUCAUAGCGCCACCGCCCCCUGCUGGUGGCCUCCGGAAACAGCUGCGCCUCACAAGGACUGGGGUGUAGGGAGGGGGGGGGGUUGGGGGUGGGAGGGGUUGUUUUAAUGGCGGGGAGGUUUGAGAGUAGAGGGGAAGGGAACUGGACCCCACUCAUACACACGCACAUGCAUGUGCACACACACGCACGCACACACGCACACACACACGCACACACGCACACACACGGAGGCAGGUCCCUGGUCCCCACAUGGGACGAGUGAAGCUGUGUGUCCCAGGCGGAGACAGCCUUAAGACAGCCACACCCCCUCCCAUUCCCCCUCCCUCUGCAUGUCAUGGGGGUGGGUCCAAAAGUGUUGCUAUGGCUACAAGCCCUUUGGAAUGAGGAGGGAGGGAGGGGGGGAGAGUGGAAAUCUUUUUUUUUUUUUUUGGUCAAAUGGGACCAUGCAGAGUUCUCAAACGCAAACCCACAGACCAGGCCCACUCCCAUCCCCACCCUGCCCCCAGUUACCCACCCUCUGAUCAGGACUUUGGGGACUAGAGACGCAUGCUCUGGGGUGGAGGGAAAGAGGUAGCUUGUGUAUUAGCCUAGCAUGGUCGGAUUUGGCGGGGAAGGGGGUUGGUUGGGUUUUGGGAAGCAGGAUACGCUGCAUGCAAGCUGAUCACUGUUUGCUGCGAUGGCGGGUCGUCUUCCGCAAAGUUUCAGCCAGGGAAGAAUCACAGAUGUACAAUCUGCACUUUGACCUCCCGUCCAGCAGAGGGUGCACCAUGCUCAGAGGACAUAGUGGGCCGCCGGCUAAAGUUCUCUCCGGAGUUCCCUGAACCGUCAAACUGGAUUUGAAGUUUGGAUCUGUAGCUCCUGAUCUCUGUCUGACCCCCCACCCCCCUUUUGAGGGUAAAAUCCCAUACUUUUGACACAAUUUUUCACUAAUUUUUCCGAAAACACAGUGCCGUUCCCCUCCCCUCUCUCACCUCCCUGUACCACCCUCCACAGAACUCUGUAACCCCAUACUGAGGGCCCCAAAAGUGCUGCUGAACUUUUCAAACACCCGCUCCCCUCCCUCCCCCAAACUCAGCUGCAUGCCUCAAUCCAGGGGAGAGGAAGAUGCCCUCCUACACACCAGGGGGCACCAGAGAAGAGUGGAAAGAUGACUGCUUUUUCUCUGAAGAGUUUUAUGUUGUAAAAUAGUAAAAGGCAGCCCUGGAGACGGCUGGCAGGCUGACAAUUGGAAUGCGCGAUGGACAGGUGUUCCAUUUGUUUUUUCACCAGUUUGUUUUGUUAGGUUUGUUAAUUUUGUUUGUUUUCUCUGAUUUUCUUUUUCAUAAUGGGAAGCAGAAACGAUGCCAUUGAUUUGAAAACAUUUAAACCCCCUGAUCAAUGCGCCCUUACCUGCAUCCCAACUGUUUGCCGCUACAAUUGACCCAGUUCACAUACUAAAUGAAUCGAUACGCCCUCCCUGCCUCUCCUAACGCAGCAUGUUUUCAGAUCUAACCAGUCCGCUCCUCUCCCUGCCUAUAAUCCCCAUGCUCCUUAUCGAAUUUUCCCAAAAGCGAUUUUUUGAAAUGGAGGUGGUUGCACUUGACUUUGUACAUUUGUUCAGGGAUAAAACUUUGUACAUAAUACUGUGACGCAGAACUGACUGGGGGACGGACCGAUUUGUUGUGGUCGCUCAGAGGAAGAAAGGCCCCGCAUUUUGUCAUCGAGAUCUCAUUGGACGCCCGGUGGCGUGAAGAGCUGGCGCUACAUCCCUCCGGCGCCACCCCGUGGCUGGCAACAGUACUGCACAUGCCUGCAGUUCGCCCUGUGCCAAUUUCUCUCCCAUUCCGCCUCUCGCAUUUACCAUUUGUCCAGUUGCCUAUUUUUGCAAUAAAUAAGUAGAAGGUGAAAUAUUUUUAAAAUAAACUUUAAUUAAUUUAAAGAAAAAAGGAAAAAAGAAAAGGAAAUUAUUUCUGUGGUGUUGUGACAGUGACAGAAUCUCGUCCGCGUUGAGGUGGUUGUUUGUCUCUUAGAGAUGUUAUUUUUAUUUAAUUUUUUGUAAUUAUUAUUAUCAUUAGUCAUGUUUUAGUCGGACCCCCCUUACAUCAACAGUAGUGCUGCUCCUUUCGGACAUACAUUAUGUGUUGGUAAUGAAAUCGAUCACACUCUUUUCUUUCUUUUUCUUUUCUUUCGCAAUAACUAAUUACGAAAAUGAGUUUCUGCACAAAACGCCACCCUCACACGUCCCGUACCGUUCUUUCCUCCAUGCCGACUGUUCUUCCUGACAUCGACAGAAUCGCGUCUCUUAUUGUCUGUUUUUCAUCGACAGAUUUAAUAAAAUUGCUGAUGAAAUCGAA